AUGCACGCGUCCACCUCAGCAAAGAACCAGGAAAUAUAUGUUUCAAAGCUGCAAGCGCAAGUUGACGAACUGCAACAGGUCCUUGGAGAAAACGAAGACGCAGAAAAGAUUGUUUCGAAACACAUCAAGCUAUUGCAUAGAUACAAUGAAGCCAAGGACGCCACGCAGAUCUUGAUUGGAAGGCUUGCAGCUCUGAAAAGAACUACUGUUCGGCAGAUUCACCUUGACUACGAGUUACUGGACGACGACAACAAAUAA